AGUCCGAUUAGCGGCAGUAGUACACUUCGGAGCGCGCUGUGCCGGAGAGCGCGAGCUGCUACUUUAAUAAUGAUUUUGAGAAGAAGUCAACAGAGUGUUCGAUCCGUCGGGCAAAACGUGAAGCCAGCUGACUGUCUAGUCACUGAAACAGUUCAAAGCAAACGGAUUCGGAUCGAAAACGCCAUCCGAUUGGGUAACUCCGAAGUGUUGAAAGAUCUCGCGAUAAGUCCAAUGGGACUCUUAGAAGACUCGCUCCGGAGACGGGCCUGGCCUAUCAUGCUCAAGUUGGACGGAGCCGAACGAACUCAAGGAGUCGCCUCCGAUACGUUGCGAUCGCAUCAAUACUACCAGCAGGUACUGGCGGAUGUGCAAAGAUCGAUUCGAAGAUUUCCACCAUCAAUACCGAGAGUGAAACGGCUGCGUUUGCAAGACAAGCUCAACUCCCUGAUAAUGCGAAUUUUGGUCGCGAACCCUGAUCUUCAUUAUUACCAAGGUUAUCAUGAUAUAUGCGUCACAGUCCUUCUAGUCCUCGACGGUGAUGAGGACCUCGCAUUCAGAAUCGUAGAGGAUUUGUCGAGAACGAAACUCCGUCCUUUCAUGGAAGUCACGGUCCAGGGAACUGUCAGACAGCUCGAUGGGGUCUAUCCUCUCCUAGGGCAUCUCAACGAGCCGCUGAAGAAGUUUCUGGAGAAGUCACAAUGUGGUGUGAUGUUCCUGUUACCAUGGUGUAUAACUUGGUUCGGUCAUGAUCUCACGCAUUACGCUACCCUCGUGAGAUUGUUUGAUCUAUUUUUGGCGAGUGAAGAACUCAUGCCGAUUUACCUGGCUGCUUCGAUAAUCCUCAAACACCACGCCUACCUAUUGAAACAGGAAUGCUCCUUAUCGAGCGUGCACGCUUACCUCGGCAGAGUGCUCCACCUAAUAGAUUGCGCACAAGGAGAGAUGGAGGAGCGUAUACAGUUUGCUCUAGAGUCAUAUCGGCGUUUCCCGCUCAAAAGGUCCGCUGCAGAGCCUCCCAUCAUUAUGCCAAAAACGAAGAGAUCUGACUGGACCGAUAUCUCUGACGAAUGCAGAACCUCGGUCGACACCGAUUUUGUUAUACUCUAACUCUCGAGGGUUAGCCACAAUCGAUGCGCUUUCAAUCGAAGCAGUUAGCUUGGGUCCCUCUCCGUCUUCUGUGGAGAUACUCCACCGUUGAACGAAUCUCAGAAACAUCCCGUUUCCCUCC